CGUGAUAGUUGAUUAACAGCGAUAAGUCGAUAGUCAAUAUUCGAUAAGACGGACGACACGACUGUGAAGAGCGAAUGCAGUAUGCACUUAAAAAUAUUUUAUUAAUUUCGUCAAGUCCUUUUGAUUUUAACAUUCCGCUAUGCAGUAUGCAGUUGAAUUCUUAUUGAAAUACGACUGAUUUGUACUGCGUUUUUUUUUUUUUUUAGUGCAAUGUAAAAUCUACAGACAUAUGUAUUCGGUUUUCAGAAAAAGCGCUAAAAUGUAUUUUUUAGUGAUGGCUUGAUUGAAAAGUUGUCUUGUAAUAUGGGUGGUAAUGUGUCACAACUAGAGAGAGAUAUUGGAUCAGAUCAAUUUCCUCCAAACGAGCAUUAUUUUGGUUUAGUUAAUUUUGGAAAUACAUGCUACAGUAAUUCAGUUCUUCAAGCUCUUUAUUUUUGUAAACCUUUUCGAGACAGAGUAUUAGAAUAUAAAGCUCGUAAUAAAAGAAAUAAAGAAACAUUACUCACAUGUUUAGCUGAUCUAUUUCAUAGUAUUGCAACUCAAAAAAAAAAAGUUGGGUCUAUAGCCCCAAAAAAGUUUAUUAAUAGACUUAGAAAAGAGAAAGAAGAAUUCAAUAACUAUAUGCAACAAGAUGCUCAUGAAUUUUUAAACUUCCUAAUAAAUCAUAUUAAUGAGAUCAUUCUUUCUGAACGUAGCCAAGUUAAUUGUAACGGUAAAUCUAAAUCAAUUACACAUAAUAUUAUUGAUGGAGAAUCAACUACUAAUAGCAUUACUAGCUCAAGUAGUCAUAACCAAGAUCCAACUUGGGUGCAUGAAAUAUUUCAAGGAAUACUUACGAGUGAAACUAGAUGUUUAAACUGUGAAGAAGUCAGCAGUAAAGAUGAAGACUUUUUUGACCUCCAAGUAGAUAUAGAUCAAAAUACUAGUAUUACACAUUGUUUACGUUGUUUUAGCAAUACAGAAAUGCUUUGUAGUGAUAAUAAAUUUAAAUGUGACAAUUGCUGUAGCUAUCAAGAAGCCCAGAAAUGUAUGCGGGUCAAAAAAUUACCUAUGAUAUUGGCAUUGCAUUUGAAAAGAUUCAAAUACAUGGAACAAUUUAAUAGGCACAUAAAAGUAUCUCAUAGAGUUGUAUUUCCUUUAGAACUUAGGUUAUUUAAUACGUCUGAUGAUGCUGUUAAUCCAGACCGAAUGUACAAUCUUGUAGCUGUAGUUAUACAUUGUGGCAGUGGACCAAAUAGAGGUCAUUACAUUAGCAUAGUUAAAAGUCAUGAUUUUUGGCUACUGUUUGAUGAUGAUAUGGUUGAUAAAAUUGAUCAAUCUGCUAUUGAAGAUUUCUAUGGUCUCACAUCAGACUUACAGAAAUCAUCAGAAACUGGUUAUAUACUUUUCUAUCAAUCUAGGGAUGCUACUGAAAUAUCAAAAUCUGGUAUGACUGAUUCAAAAUCAAGUCAUUGUAAAUGAAUUUCCAAAUUCUAUGUUGGAUAUUUAUUUAUAAUUGUACAGCACAAAGUGAUUUUUCACUUGUGUUUAAAAAAAAGUGAUAUUAACUUAAUUGCAUAAUUAAUUAGUCUAAUAAUAAUUUUUAAUUGUUAUUAUCAGUGAUAUAAUAUGUUAAUUUGCAAUGCCUUGUUAGUCAACUAAAUAAUAUUUUAGGUGAUAUAUUUAAUUUAUAUAUUUAUUACUAGCUGAUUCCUUUGAACUUAAUUUAAUGUAUGCUCAUGUUUUUUUUAACAUAGGUACAUGUAAUCCACUAGAAAAAUUUUAUCAGAGAAAACCAGAUCAGUUAUUUAUUUUCCCAAUGUUUAUCUCAAAAAUAUUCUUUAUCUUUUUAAGAAUAUAUUAUAAUAUCAGAUUUAGGACAUUUAUCUAUUCAUUCAUUAUCAAUUUCCUUCUACUAAAAUUUAUUUUAUAAGUUAAUAUAUUUUUUAAUUUAUAAAACUUCAUCUAAACCCGCUUCACAAUUAACAUAACUGAAAUUCUAGUUUUCUUGAAAUCAUAUAUGUGAUAUAGUUUAUAACUCGAAUAAAAUAAUGUACGGUUAAAUUAUUUACAAAAAUGCAUACCUAUUAUAGUAUACUGUAUAUGAACUUAAUACAUGGAUAAAGUAACUUUAAUAGUUUUGAUUAAACUCUUAAAGACAUUUUUAAAUAUAAAGUAACCAAUAAUAACCACUUAAUAACCUUUUAUGAUACUAUCUAAUUUAUUUAAAUUUAAUUGAGAUAUUAUUUAGGUAUUUAUUAUAUACAAUUUGAUUGGGGUUUAAAGAGAUAAAUUAUAAUAAUUAAUGAUUACAAUGUGUAGAACUCAACCAUAAUUUAAAAUUAUUAUUAUAUCAUUGAAAAUUUUGUAAAAACAGAAAGCUCUUUUGAUGUAUAUACAAAUUAAAAUAACUUAUUUGAAUUAUUUUAUAAUAGUUUAUCCGUUAAAUUUUUGAAAACUAUCAUGAAUAGCUUAUUCAAUUAUUUAAUCAAAUAUUCUAAUAUUGAGUUUCAUAAAAAACAUUAAAAAUGUAAUGAAUCAAUUCACUAUAGAUCCCUAAAACAUUGAUUUGCUUUUACCCUGUCUCAAAAGAGAAUAAUCAAUCGGUUGACCGAUUGUUGUCCAUUUUCGCACCAAUGACCCAUACUAUUGGGUGAUCCCCAAAUUAAAUAUAAUAAUAGUACUAAUUAUGAAUAUUAGUUGUAAAUGUCUUCAGAAAACCGUCAGCUAGCAAGAUGAGGGAAAUUUGGGCUUGCUACUACCGGAGUCAGAGUAUGCAUGAAAAGUGAUUAUUCUUUUUUAAGAGGAUAUAAUUCCUUAAGUAUGAUUUGUACUUUUUAUUUGUUCAUUAAUCAUUGAUAAUUUUUUUUUUUUUAAUACUAACCUUGAUUGAUGUUUAUAAUAUUAUUUUGACAUUUUGACCAAGGUGCAUAUUUGUGGGCACCCACAGAAAAUUUAUUAGGACAUAAUAAAAUCAAAAACCAAAAAGUUUAUUCUUUGCAAGCUAUAAAAAACACAACAAAUAAAAAAAAAAAUUUACUGAGGUCUUGACAUCAAUAAAAUGUUUAUUUAAACAAUAAUAAAGGUUACAAUUUUCAAAAUUAUGUUUGAUGUUUAUAGUGCGAGGGGAAAAUUCCGCAUCUUAUCCUCUAACCCCUCAGUGAACAUGUACAUAAUAUUAUGCAAAUGGAAUUUUAAGAGUUUAAACAAAAACUAUAAAUACGUAUAAUAUUUAGAUUCAAAAACAGUAUAACUUUAAUUUUAACCAAUUUUUAAGAUGUAUAUUAGACAUGCCCUAAUAUAUAAAAAUGUGAAAUGACCAUUGAAAUUAAAUUAAUCAGUUUGAAUUUUAACUAACUAGUAUUAUAUUUUAAUUUAUUUAAGUAUUAAAAAUAUGAUAUUCAAAUAUUCAUAUUCCAGUUAGUUAUUGUUAUAAUAUGAUAAAUUGUACACCUAAAUGAGUAAUUUAAGUACUACACAUUUUUUAAUUUUAAUAUUUAACACAUUAUUUUUAAUAUUUCACUAAAAGUUACCAUUUUUCAUUGAUUUAAAACAUCUAUUAUUAUUAUUGAUAUUUUAAUUUAUUUUAGGUAAUUUAUUUAUGUCUAUUAUAAAUGAUAAUUAUUUAGAAAUGUGUGUAAAACAAGCAAUAAAUCGUUGUUAAUGUUGUAUUGGAAUUUGUUAAGUAUUGUUUUCGUAAUUUAUGCAGAUUGUCGAAUAAUGUGUUUGAAUUUUGAAUUGUUACUGGGUACCUAUCUAUUAAAUUUAUUAAUUUUAUUGAUUAUACAUA